AUGUCCGAGAGAAAACAGAAACGACACAGAGACGAGCAGGAGUAUGAUGAAUGUCUACGUAAAAGAUGUGCUCGCCCCAAACCCGACCCUGAUGUGUACAAUUGGCCAAAAGAAUGGUUCCCUAAACGCGGUACACCUUUAGUACCGGCAAAUAUGUCAGCACUGAGGAUUGAUACUCCGAAGCCCAAACCCCCUUGCCACGUCUUUGAGAACACUUUCUACCUGCAGUCUCCACCAAAACUGAGAUCCGAGUUGGAGCCUUGGAAAUUAGAUUUUGAUUACAAUCCAGAUGUUGAAAUGGACCGCUUGAAGAAGAUCAAGAAAACCGAGAAACAGCUACUAGAUAAUAUAACCGGACAUCGUAAAACACACACAGAGAGGCUGAAUAUCAAAACCGAGGCCGAGAAAAUUGUCGAUAUUGAGGAAUUCUGGGAAAAGACCGCGAAAUACAACGAAAGAAAGAAAAAAGACAUGGAAAUAAUGAGAAGAGUAUACAGAGAAAGGGAUGUAGGCGAACCUCCGGAUACUAACAACAUAGUAGAAAUGGCAAUUGACCUCAAACACAAGGUUUUCCUUAAAUCCAUGAAGGAAUCCUUCCCCGAAUAUACCAACACCAAGAAAAUCAAACAAGAUCAUGGACAUACGGUUACUUAUUGCACGAUCCCAAGCCAGGAUACAAUUACAGACGAGUCCAGAAGAAUAUUCAAUGCAAUUUUCCAGAAUGGUGAAUCUGAUUUGGAAAGGAAUUGGGGUGUUCAAGUGCACGAACCCGAGCCUGGACCCAGUAAUGGCGUCAGCUAUGCAUAUAAAACUCACAAGAAAGAAAGAGCAAACGUUAAACCUGACAACUGCUACAGCAAACAUGGAUUUGUACGAAUCGGAGAGAGAACAGAUGUUAAACAACCUUGUACAGUCGCAAACGGCCAGGGCCAGUGUAGUAUGUUAUGGGGUGGACACGAGAAUCCCAGAAAUCUUGUACAACAUAACAAUAACGAUAACAAAGUUAGUAGCAGCAGCUCAAAUGGUGAAAAUGGCGGCCCGGAUUAUGGAUUUAAAGAAAAUGAAUGCGAGGACGAGAAAUCAGGAAAAGAAAGUCUGCCACAGUCCCGUAUGACAUUAUGGUUUGGUCACAAUCAGAGCUGGGGGUAUGACGAAGACGAGGCAAUUACAUUGUGGAGUGGACAGAAUGAGUCGAUGGUAACUAACGGAGAUACACAGCAAAGAGACAACCAGCUAACUUAUGAGGAUAAAGAAAGUAAACUGAUAGAUAAAGAUGAGGAUGUUACUUUGAUCAGAACAGUGCCUUUCCUGUAUCUUUCCACUGAUGAUCUACCACACAGGAUUCGAACCGAAACCUUCACGUUCAAAAGGACAUCACACCAGACUACGGUCACAAACGACCAUGAUCUUCCCAUCUCUCGAUGUAUCAUCCUCUAG